GUUGUGAACUGCGCCUGCGCCUCCCAAUCCAUACCUAGAACUUACUUUCUCACGAACAUCUUUAUCAUUGAUGCCUCUAGCCGGUGAAACUCUCACUACCGCUCCCACCGCGACCAUGACCACCCUCAAAGGCGAAUCACUUUCAAGUUAUCCCCUCCUCGCAAGUCGAGAACAGACACCAAACAGUGAUGAAGAUAAAACAGCCGACUCAUCGUCUCCCCCCUCUCCCAGUACCGAAUAUGUUUUCAAUGAAGCAGAAUGUCUGUUCUGCAACGAGAUGAGCACAGAUUUGGACCAAAAUUUGGCCCAUAUGUCAAAAACUCAUGGUCUAUUUGUAGAUUCGACGAAUCUAUUGGUAGAUAUGAGCACCCUCGUUGGAUAUUUUCAUCUGGUCAUCUCCGGAUAUUACGAAUGUCUCUACUGUGGAACACAGCGAAACACUCGGCAAGCAGUGCAGCAGCACAUGAUGGCAAAGGGACACUGCAAAUAUGAUCUCACAAACAAGGAGGCUGAGUACAGAGACUUCUACGACUUCCCCACGUCAGAUGCAGAAGAAGAAUUGUACCACAAUCUCCAUGCCAGGCAUUCCCCAUACGAUACUCAACUUCGAGCGCAGGCCAGGACGAGGAGACAACGAGCAGCAAAUGCUUCAGACGUCACUGGAACAGGCCACAAUAUUACCUCGUCUCCUUCUGAUCAAGCCUUGCAGACUCCGGCCGCAUAUGCACAGACCGAUGCCGAAGUAACCCCAAGUGCUGCCGAGCCCACCUCUCGUUCCAAUGCCGAAGUGAGUACAAGAGCACUGAAGCAAGAAUUUGCCCUCAACAGCCAGCUUGCACAACUUCGUGCUGAAGAUCGGAGAAGUCUCAUGCAUUUACCGAGUUCACAACAAAGGGCAGUUCUUGCAAAUCACCACAAACAAAUGGAGAAGGCAAGAAGGACGGAGCAGACACAUCGCGGUCGUUUGGAAACCGCUGGGAACAUUUUCGGUCGUCUGGGCACAGUCAGAUUGGUACGGCAGCCUCCCCAUUUCGGAAAUGUUUCUGGUCUGAAUCGAUGAGCCUUCUGGGUUUCCGGGUUAUGACAUGGUAUUGCCUUUGAUGUGUAAGAUUAGUGACCUGUUGUGGGGCUUGUCCAUGAUAUUGCAUGCAUCAUGGAAUUGCGGAUUCUCGACAUCGUACGGAGUUUAAAGGCUCAAAUAGCUCAUUCUUAGAAGAUGUGAAGUGGGAAGCAAUAG